UGAACCCUAACCUCAAAGUGUAAACAUGAUAGAUUUUCUAAUUUCUAAGACUUUUUUUUAAUUUUUUCUUUCUCACUCACCUUGUUGAAGUAAAAUUCCUCUCCUUUGAUUAGGAAGUCAAAAAUUGGAUUGCAUUUUUUUCUCUUAGGUACAUCCGCACCUCAAUCCUGCUCUGUGUUCCGAUUGUGUCAUGGCCUCAACCGAAGACAAAAUUGGUACAUUGGAGGAUGAAGCUUUCAAAAGGAAAGAAAGACUUAAAGCAUUGAAAAGAAAAGCCACUGAAGGAAAAGAGGACGUCAAAGAGAGCAGUGAACAUGUAUUGCCCAAGCCAAAAUUUAGAAGUUAUGUUCCGGAUGAAACAACCCUAAAAGAAAAUGUUAUCCCUGCUGCCAAACCAGGUGAUGUUGUUUCAGAGGUGAAGGAUUUACUAGAAGCUGGAGAUAAGAAAGUGGUUAUUGAAGAAUUGAAUCUAAGCAGCCUUGCUCCACGAAAGCCGGACUGGGACUUGAAGAGGGAUGUUGUGAAGAAGUUGGAGAAGUUGGAAAAAAGGACUCAACGAGCCAUAGCAGAAUUAAUUCGUGACAGACUGAAAAAUGAACAAUCAGAUCUGGCAUCAGCAGUUAAUUUAGGUGCUUCUGUCAACCAAAAAUUAGAUGUUGAUGAUGACUAAAGUUCUUCAUUCUCAGGUGAAAUAUUGAUAUAUUUAUUAGUGUGCAAAAUCAUGCAGCAACAUAUGUAUGUGCUUGCAUGACACAUGUCUUUCGAAUACAGGGAAGCCAGAUAUUUGCUUUCUUUUAUGAUAAUUAUACCAGGAGUUGAAAAACAUAAUUCUCAGA